AUGGCUUCGAAAGCAUUGAUCGGCUUCAACGCUGCGGCGGCCGUCGGGGCAUUCGUCCUCUACCUCGGCGGCGCGCGGGUGGUGCUCGACAGCAACAGCGGGGAAGCGCAGCCGCUUGUUGACAUCGUUCAAAGUUCGCAUGCACAAGCAGUAGGAUCAUCUGACGGCAAGGGAAGCAACUACACAUGCACUCAUUCGGAGAUGAAGCCCAAGUUCCUGUCGUAUGAUCCAAUCAUGGUCUACAUAGAGAACUUCAUAUCACCUUACGAGACGGAACAUCUGAAAAAGCUUGCGCAAGUCUCACCUCAGUCCGCAAACCUUGGCCUGACGACCGGGCUAACACGCUGCCACAGUCUAGCAGAAUAUGAGCCAUCCGUGGUACAGAACUUCAACAACCAAGCUGGAGACAAGAAGGUCUACGUGGACUCGAGCUCCAGGAAAAGUGAAACCGCCUGGCUCGAAAACGGUGAUCCCGUUGUGGACUGCGUAAAGUCUCGGGCAGCGGUGUUCCAGGGCUUUGCACCCAACGCUACCAUGGAGCAGCUUGCAGUGCUCAAGUACACCGCCGGCGGCUCGUUCGAGACGCACUACGACUGGCACUAUGCAACACCACGGCCGGUGGACCGUAUCACCAGCUUCUUCGCAACGCUUGAGGCCUCGGACGACAUCGAAGGGGGCUCGACGUGGUUCCCGAUGGUCCUCCAGCCGGCGUGGAAGGACAAGGGGCCUUGGUGCAAGUGGCUAGACUGCUCGUACCAGAGAGGGCUGGCGGUGCGCCCGAUCCCAGGGAAUGCGGUCUUCUGGGUGAACUUCAGGAAGGACGGAUCCGGGCAUCGGGAUACUGCACAUGGAGGGCAGCCGGUGCUGAAGGGGUCUAAGAUUGGGCUGAACAUCUGGACUCGCGGGAAGGUAAAUGGCAACUAA